GUUGCCAUGGCGCUGCCCCCCUCGGCCCACCCUCCCCCCUCCCGCCGGUGUGUGUUUACAUCGGGCAGGAGGAGCCGGAGACCCAGCGCCGGGGGAGACGGGGACGCAGCCGACGGCGACGGCCGCCUGCCCUCCAUCCCCGCCGGGCGGUGCUCCGGGAGACGCGGCAUGAAGGGACCUAGCUUAGAAACACAGAUGGUGGAAGAUGAAACUGAGACAACAAGUGAAGAACUGCCUCCUCAUCUGCGGGAAGAGCCUCCCGAAGAUGCCAGCAAGGACCAUCCGCAGCAGCAGGCAGGAGUGAUCUGGAGAGUGACGGGCGGCCUUUUUAGUAUCACCCGGGGAGCCGUGGGGGCCACGUUGGGAGGAGUUGCCUGGGUGGGCAGCAAGAGCCUGGAGCUCACCAAAACAGCUGUGACCAGCGUCCCCGCUGCUGGCGUUGGACUGGUAAAGGGCAGCGUCUCAGCAGUGACCGGCGGUGUCGGAGCCGUGGGCAGUGCAGUCGCCAGCAAAGUCCCUUUCACCGCAAAGAAGAAGGACAAGGCUGACUAAUCCCCAUUGCAGCUCCCUUCCAAAAGAUCAACCUGCCCAUACUCUCCCCCUACACAGCACCUCUUUGAGUUGGAACCAGCCGCUUCAGGGAGGGUCAAGCACCCGAGCAGACUCUGGCUGCAGCCUGCUCAGCACCGCCUGCCUGGCUCAGAGUUCACAGAGCCUCUGUCAAUGCCUUUCACUCCUAUCACCUACUGGGAACCAUCUCUACUCCGAGGGCUUUAAAGGCGCUGUUGUCUCUGUCUUGCAGUUUCUUUCCUCCCUUCUUGCUCUUGUAAGCACAGAGGGGUGGGAGAGGGUGUUAGGCUCCAUCUGCCUGGAAGGGGGGAGUAAGAGGGGAGGGGGAGAAACUAUGCCUUGCUUGAACUGUGGGUUAUGUAGUCAAAUUCAACUUCAGCUGGGAAGACAGCCUCUGAAACACCCCCUUUCUUGGCUAUGGGAGGUGCUUUUGGGGUGUCUGCCUGGUGGAAAACUGUAGAAGAAAGUCCCAUUGACACAAAGGAGAGAUACUGUGAAGAGUGGGAAGCCUCCCUCCUGCCCUGCACCUCUUACCUUUUCUUUGCAGGGCCCAUCCCACAAGCUGCUCCCAAUCACUUACUCCCUAGCAGAAUUGCACCCUUCGGAGAAGGAACCCACAAGCUCAGCAGAGCAGCUCCAGGGAUGAUGCCACACAAGAGUAUCAUAUGUCCAUCAGCUUCUGUGCAGAUUUUCUUGUUUAGAGGCAGGAGAAAGAAAGCUACUGUAUGUUCCCACCCAGCUGACAGUGGCAUCUGCCAGGCCUCUGUGAUACUGCAAGCACAGGUAGCGAUGUUCCACAGAGACACAAACUGAGCCCUGGGGUUUGACCCUUGUAGUCCUGGCAGCAUCCCCAUCUGUAACAGGGGCAUUUUGACUCUAGGCCACACUCUCGCUCCACAGACAGACACCAUUAGUAACCAUGAGCAAGCAUGUUCCUGAAUGCCACCCAAGUUCUGCCGCAGGGUGGGAGGGGAGGCUUACCCUGUGACCCUGGGAGCAGUGGCCUGGCUGUGAGCGGGCUGCACCAUGUUGGAGAACACUUCCCUGAGGGGCUGAGUGUGCUCCAGCAGCAGCCAGCCUGCACGGGGCACCAGCAACUCCUCCUCCACGCGCUGCUCCUGAGGCUCCAGCCCGGCUCCUCUAAAUGACUGUGUUGCACUAAAUAGCCCACCCACACUCAUAGUGCUGCAGAAACCCAGCCACCUGCAUUCAUCUGGGAGUCACAGCCAUCCUCAGCCUGGCCCAUGAUGCUCAAGGGGCCAUGUGGCAUCGUGCACACACACGCACGCACGCACACGUGCACCCACACACACACUCACUCACUCCAAAGUCCCCUGUAAUUCUCGGGAUGAGGAAAGCCACAGGCUCCACCAUUAACUCUGCCGCUCCUGGCUUUGGCAGGUGAUUAGCCUAGGUCGUUAGGUGUUGGAUGCAUAGACAAGUGAAGCAGUGCUUGUGCUGUAUUUUAUAAAUAUGCAUCUGUGUUAGCGUGUGUGUAUGUAUCAGUCCACAGGCAUGUCUUCAGCCAGGUAAACAAAACUGUGCCACUGCUGCAGAGGAUUUUACAUAGUCAUCUUCAGUACUUCCAGCAUAUAGUUUUUGUAUAGGGUCCUGGUCAAAAGAAAACCAAUGUUUUAGAGGAUGUUUUCCCCUCUGUUGCCCAAGAGCGUAGUUUAUUGAAACCAAAGGAAUGUGAAAAAUCCCCUUUCUCCCAUCUAUGCGGUUUGUUUACUUUCUGCCCUAUCUUUUGGAUACUGAAGCCAACUUCCUUGAUCUUCAUUUCCCGUUGGAGGUCGUUGUGCUUCCUGGCUGCUCUCUUGUGCUUAGGAUUCAGACAUCAGGGAAUAUUUAAGUACAACACCCCCCCCAACCCCGCCACCAUUUUUGCUGAAUGUUCUUGGGCUUGUGAAACAGUUUUCAUUCUGACCUUCAUUAAAUCCAUGUUUUGGGCCUGACUUAAGUCGCUGUGUCCCUGUGCUAGUCACGCUGGUGUUAGUCUCUCUCCAUACCCUUCGCUGGGUAGUCCCUGCUGUUUGCAGUGGCAAGAAGUUGCUGAUCUCCACAGUGUGUUACUCUUGAUAGCACAAGAGUGGUUUAACCUACAUCUUUGUUUCUGAAGAGGAAACAGCAUUUGGUAUGUGUGUACAUUUCCUCGCUGUGUCUCUUUUGUUCUGGUGAAGGCCAAGUUGACCCAGACCUGUUAGUUUUGUCUCUGAAGGCACUGGUUUCACAGAAAGAUCAGGCCUUGAUGUGUGCUUGCACUUUGCUGGGAUGCUCAUGGCAGUUGGCAAGGCCAGAAGAAGUCUUGUCUGUUCUUCCUUUGUCUCAGACGCCCCGCAGAGCAGGAGGGCAGUUCGCGCUGCGUGGAUCUCUGCUCACCGCUCUCCCUGAGCGCAUCUCAUUCCUUAUUCCAGAUCACAGGCUGCUCUUGAAGCCAGCUCUAACCCCAGAGCUAAAAGCUGCUUCUGCAUAACCAGCUGUGCUGUCACCAUCCCUCUUAGAAAGAUACUGUUUCUUACCAACUGGUCCAGAAGAUGCUCUUCUUCCUAACUGCCUCUCCCAGGCCUUGGGCAGAAGAUAGUUUCUAAGGGGCUUUACUUCACCAGCCACCCCUGGGCAGGUGAUGGGAAGCUCAUCAUGCUUUUGGCUAACAAGUAUCCCACACAGGCCCUUGCUGGAGGAGGCAGUACGUCCUUCCCAAGCCAUUGUCUGCAGGCACCGUGUGUGCAGAACAGGCAUGGAAAAUGGGAUAAAGGUGCAUUAAGGAAGGCCAUAGGGAUCCUGAGGGUUUCCCAUGUUUUUAUUUCUGCUCUUCUGUGCAUCCUUGCAGUAAAUGGAGUAAAUCUCUCCAUUUGUCUUGAACUGCCAUUUCCUUGCGGGAUGGCCUGGAGAAGGGGAGAAGAGGUAUGAGGGGAACUCACAGCCUGAAUUGCUGUUCUUAGAGCCCAGCUAAUGGGGACCUCGUGGACCAUAAAUAGCAAAAGAGGGCAAACUAGAAGGUACGGGUAGAAGAUUAAAUCUACUUCAAAACCAGGGCCUCUCACCAUUUAACGGGCAUUCAGGAAUACAUAACUAUGCAGCACUCAAAAGGCCUCUGGAAAGUGUGUCUGUGUUAGCGUGCUAGGCCUGCUUGGUUCACCCAGGUGACCCGGGCCCAGCCUGCUUUUCUGGGCACUCUUGGUGUCAGAGCAGAAGGAAAACAGGGUCGUCUUCCCAGUUUAAGAGUAAAGAUGCCUUCUGACAGCUUUGGCUGCAGAACGGUAGGAUCUGAAUUGGAUGGGGAAGCUCCUGAUGGUUGCCCCAUCUUUCCUCUUCCCCCACUACAGAGCCUUCAGCUGGCUUAAACUCCACCUGGGCCGCUGACGCAGCCCUUCUCCCGUCACCCCUUUGUGGUAAGAGGGGCAAAAACUACAUUGUACAUAAAUCUCGUUGGUACUGGGCAGGGGGGACUUAGUAUGAAAGUUGGGGGGCACCACCGAGGGAAGGAUGAAGGGAGCUAGUACAAGGAAGAUCACCCGGUUUCAGGUGACAGUAAGAAGGUGAGGAGGGACUGGUGACAAGAGGAGGCGAGGGGAGAGUAAGAGUGGGGGAACAAGAUAAAGGGGAGCAUGAGGGAAGUGUUUCUUAGGGCAGGCUCUGAAUCAGAGGAUGAAUGUGAUAGAGCGUUCAUCCUAGGGAAUAGCGUGGAAAGGGAAGUGGACAAAUGUAGGGUUUGGUGUGUGGUUAUGGUCCGCACCUGGUCGGUGCCCUGUUUCCAUAGUAGUGAUGAUUGCUAGGUGUUUCCAUUUAGCUAGAUCAGUGUGCCCAAUGGAUGGUCCAAACGCCAGAUCAGCGCCCACUUUACCCCCUGCCUUCCCAGAUUUCCCCCAGGCUCCCUGUGGUGGAGGUGGGAUGUGGCCCUACACGCAGCCCUGUGCCCCACCACAGUGGGGGGUUCCCCAUAGCCAAGGAAUGUGCCCCAGCUGAGAAGAGAGCCCACAGGCAUAUCUUCCCUUUUCCCUUGGCUCAUCUCAUUAUCCUUUGCUUUCUUUUUUUAUCUCUCCCUUAGCUUUUUGUCUCGCCCCUGGAUAGAGCUUUCCAAAGCUCUCACCGAGACUUUCAUCAGGCAUCCAUGCUCAUACUGGCUGGGAGGGCAGAGAGGGUGACUCUGCCCCCACAGCUCCCCUGGCUGGGAGAGAAGUGCAUGUCUUCCACCCCGCUCUGUCCCCCUAUGUUUUCAUGUGUGGAAAAUCUUAACCCACUUCUUUUCCUCUGGGUUCUCUCGUUGGCUCUUGUCCCUGGGGGUGGGUCAUUUCUGUGUCUCCAUUGCAAAGUCAUCCUUGUAAAAGCAACAGCACGAGUGGGAACGUGGAGAUGGCUAGAGAGAGCCACAGGGCUGCUGGGACAGAUGCCAGGGCCCAGCUCUGCUUCUCUAGGAGCCGAGGAGCCCUUUGGCAACCCAAAACCGUCACUGCGGCCACGCAGUCCUGUGCACGGUGCUGGGCUCCGGAGAACACUUUUGUUCUUUAUCAUUUCAUUGUCUGUAAUUGGUUUCCUACUGAAUUUGUUUGCUUGGUUUGUUUUGCAGUGUGUUUCUGGGAAUAUUCUGCAUCUCUGUAUUUUAAUUACAGUAAAA